AUGCCUGCGGGUGGGAGCCCACGGCCUGCGGCCAGGCUCGGAAUCCCAUGCAGGGUGAGAUCUCGGGCAUCUGCCCAAUGGGCUACAGGGGGAAGGGGUGGGGGAGGUUUCCCAGUCUCUUCCAUUCGAGAGGCUCGUCGAAGCCCUAGCGGGGAAGAAUUCAGAUCCCCCAGGUUCCACGCGCACAGAAAGCGAGCUCCUCGGCGGGAUGAACUGAACUCACCUUCCCGGGCCGUCCCAGCCACGCAUGCGCCUCGCCUCCCCACUCCGCGUUUUUUCGCCCUCCCGGAGCUCGCGCCUUCUCUCCCUUGCGAGCCGCCGUACAGCCGUCCGGAUGGGAGGGGAAGGCGGAGGCUGGGUGUGGGGCAGCGCGCGCCGCCCAUGGUAUUUGAACCUGUGGAAGCCUGUGAAACCAGGAAGAAAGAGGAAAACAUGAAGGAGUUGAAGGAGCCCAGGCAGCGUAAAGAUAACAGGCGCCCAGAUCUGGAAAUCUAUAAGCCUGGUCUUUCCCGACUGAGGAACAAACCCAAAGUCAAGGAGCCUUCAGGUAGUGAAGAAUUCAGGGAUGAAAUUGCCAAUGACAGAGACACCUCUGCUCUGGAAAAUGGUACACAGGUCAUUAAAGAUCUCUGCAAGGUGACUGACAGCCAACAGCAAAAUGGCCCUGCAGAUACAGAAAGGAAAGAACCCUUCCAGGGACAGGAAUCUUUUCCUAAAACCUCCGGACAAGAUGAUCGGGGUCUCAGAAUUAUUAAGAGAACAAAGAAACCUGAUUUACAGAUCUAUCAACCUGGAAGACGCUUACAGACUAUUGCUAGAGACCUGGCUGGCCGAGUAGAAGAGGCCGAGGUUCUCAGUCAGGUAGAGCAGCUCAGAGUUGAGGACAAUGAGCCUGAAAAGGACCCAAGGAAAGAUGGUGCCAAGGCCAAGUCCACCAGAGAUGAGGCCGACAAGAACCAGAGGGCCAUCAGGGGAGACAGGGGGAAGAGGACUGAAAAGGGGGAAGGGACAAAGAAAGUCAGCGACGAUGGGCUCCAGGGCAAGCCCGGCUCAGCCAAGCGCUACUCACGGUCCGACAAGCGUAGGAAUCGUUAUCGCACUUGUAGCACCAGCUCGGCGGGGAGCAAUAACAGUGCCGAGGGGACGGGGCUGGCUGAUGGUGGAGGGCGGCGCCGUCGUCAGGAUCGGGCCAAGGAGAGGCCUCGUCUCAAGAAGCAGGUGUCUAUGUCUUCCACUGACUCCCUGGAUGAAGAUAGAAUGGAUGAACCUGACCGCCUGGGGCCCCGGAGGAGCUCGGAGAGGAGGAAGCCUUUGGACAGAAGUUGGGCUUGUCAUGGGGAGGGUGAGCGGAGAAGCGAAGGGAAGGAGAACAGAGGUGGCCUUCGAGUCACCUUUGAUGCAGAGACCAUGAACAAAGAUGUGCCCAUGGCAAGACUAAGUAAGGACGAUAUGGAGAGAGCCAAAGCUGAGCAGGGUUCAGGCAGCAUGAACAGGGCUCCUGAAAAGCAGGAGUCCAAAACAAACCAGGAACUGCGGGGCCGUGGCCGUGGCAUUCUGAUCUUGCCUGCCCACACAGCACUCUCAGUCAGUACGACGGGAUCACCAGAAUCCACCCUUUUGGGAUCAAAGCUUCUCUUUGGAGCCGGCGGUAAGGGGUCCCGGAGUCGGGGCCGGGGAGGCACGUCCCGGCGGCUGUGGGACCCGAACAAUCCUGACCAGAAACCUGCUCUCAAGAGCCAGACCCCUCAGCUUCACUUCCUGGAUACUGAUGACGAAGUCAGCCCCACUUCUUGGGGGGACUCCCGCCAGGCUCAGGCAUCUUACUACAAGUUCCAAAACUCUGAUAACCCUUACUAUUAUCCCAGGACACCGGGCCCUGGACCUCAGUAUCCCUACACAGGCUAUGGCCCACUGCAGUAUCCCUUAGGCCCUACAAAUGGCGUGUAUCCUGGGGCUUUCUACUCUGGCUACCCUGCUCCAUCUGGGCAGUAUGUCUGUGGGCCUCUCCCUGCCAGCUCCUUGAGUACGGAAGAGAUGGAGCAGCAGGUGAGGGACCUGCAGCAUCAAGAACUCCAUCGGCUUCUUCGGGUGGCUGACAACCAGGAGUUGCAGCUCAGCAACCUGCUCUCCAGAGACCGGAUCAGCCCUGAGGGCUUGGAGAAGAUGACCCAGCUCAGAGCGGAGCUGGUACAACUUUAUGAGCGUUGUCUCUUAUUGGACAUCGAGUUCUCUGAUCACCAGAAUGUGGACCAGAUCCUGUGGAAGAGUGCUUUCUACCAGGUCAUUGAGAAGUUCAGACAGCUGCUUAAGGAUCCAAAUGCUGAGAACCCAGAGCAGAUUCGGAACAGGCUGCUGGAACUCCUGGACGAGGGCACUGUCUUCUUUGAUAGUCUGCUUCAGAAACUGCAGGUUACAUACCAGUUUAAGCUGGAGGACUACAUGGAUGGUUUGGCCAUUCGCAGCAAACCAUUAAGGAAAAUGGUGAAGUAUGCCUUAAUCAGUGCCCAGCGGUGUAUGAUUUGCCAAGGAGACAUUUCCAGGUACCGGGAACAAGCCAAUGACACAACAAACUAUGGGAAAGCACGAAGCUGGUACUUGAAGGCUCAGCACAUUGCUCCCAAGAAUGGCCGUCCUUAUAAUCAGUUGGCGUUGUUAGCGGUGUAUACGAGGAGGAAGCUCGAUGCUGUGUACUAUUACAUGCGCAGUUUAGCUGCCAGCAACCCUAUCCUUACAGCGAAGGAGAGCCUCAUGAGCUUGUUUGAAGAGACCAAGCGAAAGGCUGAGCAGAUGGAGAAAAAGCAGCAAGAGGAGCUGGAGCUAAGUCCUAACCGAUGGAGGAAAGGCAGGAGAUCCACUUUCCGGCAUGUUGCUGAUGACACGACCCGCCUGGAGAUUUGGAUCCACCCCUCCCACUCCCGAUCUUCCCAGGGCACCGAGUCGGGGAAGGACUCCGAGCAGGAGAAUGGCCUCGGCAGCCUGAGCCCCAGCGAUCUGAAUAAAAGGUUCAUCCUCAGUUUUCUCCAUGCCCAUGGGAAGCUGUUUACCCGGAUUGGGAUGGAGACAUUCCCUGCUGUGGCUGAAAAGGUCCUGAAGGAGUUCCAAGUGUUGCUGCAGCAUAGCCCCUCUCCUAUUGGAAGCACCCGCAUGCUGCAGCUUAUGACUAUCAACAUGUUUGCUGUACACAACUCCCAGCUCAAAGAUUGUUUCUCAGAGGAAUGCCGUUCUGUGAUCCAGGAACAAGCUACUGCUCUGGGAUUGGCCAUGUUCUCCCUGCUGGUGAGGCGCUGCACCUACUUGCUAAAAGAAUCUGCCAAAGCUCACCUAUCUUCCCCUGAGGACGAGGAAGACCAGGAUGAUAUCAAGGUGUCAGCCUUCCUCCCAGACCUGAAAGAGCUACUGCCCAGUGUGAAAGUUUGGUCAGACUGGAUGCUUGGUUAUCCGGAUACGUGGAACCCUCCACCCACAUCUCUUGAUCUGCCCACACAGGUCGCCAUGGACGUGUGGGCGACACUAGCCGAUUUCUGUAACAUACUGACAGCAGUGAAUCAGUCGGAGGUACCAUUGUACAAGGACCCGGACGAUGACCUCACCCUUCUUAUCCUGGAAGAGGAUCGGCUCCUCUCGGGCUUCGUCCCCCUGCUGGCUGCCCCCCAAGACCCCUGCUACGUGGAGAAAACCUCGGACAAGGUUAUUGCAGCCGACUGCAAGAGGGUCACAGUGCUAAAGUAUUUCCUGGAAGCCCUUUGUGGACAAGAAGAGCCUCUGCUGGCAUUCAAGGGUGGAAAAUAUGUGUCAGUGGCGCCCGUCCCAGACACCAUGGGAAAGGAAAUGGGAAGCCAAGAGGGAAAACAACUGGAAGAUCAGGAGGAGGAUGUAGUCAUUGAAGAUUUUGAGGAAGAUUCUGAGGCUGAAGGCAGUGGGGGCGAAUAUGACAUCAGGGAGCUUCGGGCCAAGAAGAUGGCUCUAGCCAGGAAGAUAGCCGAACAGCAACGUCGCCAAGAAAAGAUUCAGGCUGUCCUGGAGGACCAGACUCAGAUGCGGCAGAUGGAGCUAGAGAUCAGACCCCUGUUCCUCGUACCAGACACCAACGGCUUCAUCGACCACCUGGCCAGCCUGGCACGGCUGCUGGAGAGCAGGAAGUACAUCCUCGUGGUGCCCCUCAUCGUGAUUAACGAGCUGGAUGGCCUGGCCAAGGGGCAAGAGACAGACCAUCGGGCUGGGGGCUACGCCCGAGUGGUCCAGGAGAAGGCCCGAAAGUCCAUCGAGUUCCUCGAGAGGCGAUUUGAGAGCCGGGACUCUUGCCUACGAGCCCUGACCAGCCGUGGCAACGAACUUGAGUCCAUUGCCUUCCGAAGUGAGGACAUCACUGGCCAACAGGGAAAUAACGAUGACUUGAUCCUCUCCUGCUGCCUUCACUACUGUAAAGACAAGGCCAAGGACUUCAUGCCCCCCAACAAAGAUGAGCCCAUCCGGCUUCUGCGGGAGGUGGUGCUGCUGACAGACGACAGAAACCUGCGGGUGAAGGCGCUCACCAGAAACGUGCCCGUGCGGGACAUCUCGGCCUUCCUCAAGUGGGCGCAGGUGGGGUGAGAAGACCACACCGGGCACCGCCCCCGAUGGAACCGUUCUCAUGAGGCCGACGGGCGCCAGCGUGGCCUGGGAGGAGCCCAAGCGCCCUCGCCACCCACCCCACCCAGACAAUAAACCAUCCUCUUCCAACCCAGCGCCGUGGCCGUGCUGUGGGGGAGCCACUCCCGAGGGUCGUGAGCCCAAAGCCAGGACCCUCCUGAGGCAGCAGAGAUUUAGCAGGGAGGCUGGCUGGUGUCACGGAGCUGGGGCCCGCCCUGCUCGGGGCCUUCUUCCCCCCCAUCCCCCACCCAUCCCCCCUCCCCUCCUUACCCCCCUGCGGGAACCUGGGUGCUACCGUGGGCCAGUUGUUCUGGGUUUGAGCUAGAUGCAGGUAAAAUGGGGACGGAGGCCCUCAGU